AAAUACUCUUUAGAACUCAGCUAAUCGUCUCUGUAGUCUUUGAAAAUGGUCGCAGUGAGAGAGGAAAACGUUUCUGAAUAUGGCGCAAGAUGCAAACACACCUACAAAGCAUACAUCCUUCAGAAACUAGUAUAACUUGCUGCCAACACUGAUGUCAGGCUCGGUUUGUUAGACGUAAACCCACAUAAGAAACGCAGGUAUUAAUCAACCAACACGUAUACGCGCAGCCUUAUUCAAACCAGCGCAGUUCAAUGUUUGUAAUCACGACCUCCCCGUAAUGCCCUUCGUGGUUAGUACGGAAGAUAAGGGAUAAUCUCCAUUGUCUCGCUAUUUGUAUUACCCCAAUGUUUACCUUUUGACAACCCAGCUCGACCCUCAGUUAUCACAAGGCUCGGUGCUACACGGCCGACACCUCCACCAUUACUCCAUUACCCUUCGUGUCGCACCACACCCAACACACGCCUCGUCUAAAUACAUCACGGCAGAUUUGACAGCAGAUAACUACCAAGGCUUAUUAUAAGACAAGUGUGAGGCAGCAGCAACUUUUACAUCUCUGUGACUUUUACUGUAUAUGUUGGUCCGUGGCUUGACUCAACAUUCCAAUCCAUAAUGAUCCUGGACCGCGAUAACUCCUACGCCACUGCUGACGACAACAGGGAGGAGGAAAUUGGACUGCUUCACGAAGAUCUUGAUGAGGAGUGGGACUUUGAGAGAGGGAAAGCCCCCCAUCGCAACUACAAGUAUACGGAGACCAGUGUGACGGGAUAUGAACGCCAAAAUGUAGUGACCAAAACUUACAAGUCAAGAUUCUGGAUACUUUUCCUUGCUGCAUUUCUGUGCUGGAUUCACACGCUACAGUGGAGCACGUGGGGGCCCAUCAGUGAAAGCAUGAAUGCCGCCUUCCCGGGCUGGGGUCCUUCCACCGUGGCCCUCAUGGUCAACUGGGGCACAAUCAUGUACGUGCUGUGUGUGGCGCCGCUGUGCUGGGGAAUGCAGCGGUACGGUCUACGCGCCGGUGUGGUCACCAGCGCCGCUUUCAUGGCCAUUGGCACCGGCCUCCGCUGCCUCACCAAGCAGACCCCCACCUUCACCAUUUUGUGCCACAUCUGUGCAAUACUGGUUGGCGGCGCCAGCGCUCUUGCCCUCACCACUCCAAUGGUCAUCGCCAACGACUGGUUCCCUCAAAACGAAAGAACGACAGCAACUGCAAUAAUCCUUGGUAUCAGUCAGCUGGGCUCACUCGGCAGUUUCCUGGAGCCAACGUUUAUUCGCCUCCCCGGCCCUGGAGUCACCAAGGAAGACAUUCAGGACGAUGUGAUGAACCUUGUCUAUGCAGGAGCGAUCAUGUCGGCAGUGUUACUCUUGGCUCUCCUGGUUUAUUACCCCUCUAAACCACCAAAGCCUCCUUCCUUAUCCUCCACAACGGAGAGGGUUGAAUUCAUCCCAGGUCUUGCAUCUGUCAUCAGGAACAAAAAGCUCCUUCUUAUAGUGGCCAUAUAUGGAACAUUCGUGGGUCCACCAGUGGCCUGGAUCACUGUGCUCAACUUCUCAGUCCUGCCUCUUGGAUUUCAUCAGGGUAAGGCAAUGUGGAUGGGAGUCACUGCGGUGUUGGUGUCCAGCUUGUCGCCAGUGGCUGCAGGGCGCAUCAAUGACCUGCUGCAGGGCCACAUCAAGACCCUCAUCGUCACCCUCAUGCUUGGCACCACGGCCUUCUGUUACUGGUUCCUGCUUAUCUCCUAUGGUGUCGUGGAAGUCACUGAGUGGCAAGUGUAUGUCUCUACUGUUGGCAUCUGUGCUUGCAAUUACGCUGCCAUGCCUCUGUUCUUCGAGGUGGCAGUGGACAUCGCCUUCCCGAUCUCUGACAUCCUGGUGAUGGGAGUGAUGACUGCUGCGGAUUGCCUCGUCAGUACUCUCUUCCUCACCGCCUACAGUAUUCCCAACGCCGGCUAUCUAUGGAUCCCCUCCACCAUGAUCUUCACAUCUGGUAUUGGCAUCAUUCCUAUGCUGCUCCUCAAGUUUAACAACACCAGGGCGCUCAUCGACAACCAAAUACGAGUAGACUCUCCAUAUUAUAAAUGAAAUACACGUGUUUAUGUCUUUUUAAGUCUUUCACAUCUCACAAAAUUCCAGACUCCUAUGUAAGCAAUAAAAGUCUGCUACAUU